AGUUGGCAGCAACGUUCCUGUUGAGAUACUCUCGUAGAGCAACUUUUCAUCGGCAGCCAAAGCUUGUGAAAAGCUUGUAAAAGUUAUAUAUCUUCAUGUUUUAAUACGAGGGAAGUGGGGUUUUUUUUAUUUUCGGAAUGGACGGUAAAGUCAUUGGACCGGGUCCGUACAGGGCAACCAAGCUGUGGAAUGAAACGAUUAAACUCUUCCGUGGAGGCAUGCCGCUGAGAAGGCACUGGGCGCACUUCCGCUACUAUGAUUGCAGUUUCGCAGGAUCUGAGGCUGUGGAUUAUCUGCAUGAGCUGCUGAGGCGAAACUACAACUUUGGGCCUGAGGUAACGCGCAACCAGACUCUGCAGCUGCUCAGGAAGUUCCUCAAGGCCCACGUCAUUGAAGACAUCAAAGGACGCCAUGGGACAGAGGACUUUGAGGACAAUGGUCAUCUGUACAGGUUCCCCACCUCGUCCCCCCUGAAGUCUUAUCCAACGAGGCCUCUUUUGAGAGAUAGCAGUGACCUUCCUAGACUGAUACGCUGGGAUGACUAUGAAGAAUUACCUCAGCGGGACAACAUGGCCCCCCUGAAGUCUUCUGUCGUGACCUCAGAUUUGUGGAAUAAAAGACACAGUGUAGCUAUUGGGGAUGUACAUGAAUGCAAGCUCAUACGAAGGAAAGAGAUAACUCCGAAGCAAGUGGACAACAUCUGGAAAUCAAUGACAGUUGCACAUUUACAGAGAGUGCUGGGGCUGCAGUCAUUGGAUGGCGUUUUAAACCACACGCAUGUCAACGGCAAGCACAUUGUUCACAAUGUGUUCAGCGUAAAUAAGACGGGCAUAGUCGUUUUGGAGAACAAAGCCGAGGACAUGCCAUAUUGGGUGGUAUCAGCAAUGAAAUGUCUCGCCAAUUGGCCUAAUGGCAACGGAAGCAAACAGCCAGUGUACCCGGGUUUUGAGAGGGAUGUUCUGAAAACAGUAGCAGAUUACUUUCAGAGACUCAAAGAACCCCUGCUGACUUUCCAUCUCUAUGAAGUCUUUGUCAACAUUCUCAGUCUGCUGCACGAGCAGCAAGUAGCCACUGAGGCUCUUCAAGUCAGCUGUCUCCUACUGCCGCCGCCCAACCGAAGACGCCUCCAGCUUUUGAUGCGUCUAAUGGCCCGGGUCUGCCAGAAUCCCCACAUGCCUCCACUCAAUGACACCAUUGCUACCCGCACACUGAUGGUGCAGAUGUUCUCACACUGCGUCCUGGGCUCAGUGGAUGAGAUGGACCUGGAUGAGCUGCUUGCCACCAAGCUGGUGAUCUUUAUGAUGGAGCACCACAACACCAUCUUUCAAGUUCCUUCCAAGCUGCGUUGCCAGGUUGAGGAGCACCUGUCCCACCUCAAAAGAGUUCAAAUCAAAUAUGCAGGUUCAGAUACAGACUUCAGCGCAUCUCCAGCGUUUUUUAAACAAAUCAGAAGGGUGGAGUCUGAGGAGCCGAAGGUGAUAGGAACCCAGACCCCUCUGCAGGUGCUGCUUGAAGGCCUGAUUGCAGACAAGGAACUUCCUGCCAAGGACAAAAGGAAACGGCUUAAACAGUUCCAGAGGUCGUACCCAGAAGUCUACCACAAUCGAUUUCCCACUGAGGAAAGCAAAGCGGCCGUUUUACCAGAGAAAACUCCACGGCUCAAACCUCAUCUCAUGUUCUUCAACCUCAAGAAACCAUUCCAGCCCUUUCAGAGGAGCUGGAGUUUUAGGGCUUGAUCCGCCACCACUUACACAUCAAUACUUCAGGCUGUACACAGAACUCAACCUUAGCGUCAUGAGACAAGGAACAAUGUGGCUGUUACGGUGCCCUGACCACAAUUUUGUUCACAAGAAAAGCACUGUUAAACUAAGAGUUCAGUUUACACAAAUGCACGAUAAUAAUAAUAAUAAUAAAAAUCGUACAUUCCCACUGACACAUAGUGCAAUCUGCAAAAAAUAACUGUGGAUGGUUGAACUGAUCCUUUAAAAAAAUAAAUUUUACUUGGUUGCUAGAAAACUUGAACAAAGUAAAUGAUGGUACACUAAAACUGUAAGAACCACUGAUGUUUCUUAAAAUUUAUAUCAUAGUUGUUCAAAAAUUGUGUCUUGGUACAUUUUUCUAAGAUACUGUAUGUUAGAAAGAUCUAAUAAGGGAUGGCAGUGACUGACAUUGUCCUCCCUGUAACUAAAUUGAAUGAAAUUAAUUUCAAAAGUAUUAAUAGGUCGUUAGGUGUUAACAUUAUAUGUUGUGAAAAGUUAAUGAUCAAGUGCAUCAUACUCUGAAAACAUUUCUAUAGAUGUAUAGUUUUGCACUAUAACAAAAAUAUUCAGAUGCAUUUCUUGGUAUGAAUCGGUCUUCAAACAGAUUAUGUAAUUUCAUGAGAUUUUUGUGAUUACUUUUUGAUAGAAUUGUCAUUGUUAUGUUGUAUCUAGGCAACUCAGCCUAAUCUAAAAUAUAUGUAUAUCUUUUGUCACUUAAACAGUUCCGUAAUAUCAAUGAACAUAUCAAGUGUUUGCUAAGAGAGGGAGUGUGCGUGUUACAUAACUGAGAAGCUCUAGUUGAGCUUCAGCUGUUAAUUGUAUUUGUAACAAAUGAGGGAAAAUCUUCAUGAUGUGGCUGGAAAUUGUAGAUUCAAUUCUCGCGAAAUGUGCACUACUACAUUUUUUUAAUAUUUAUCUGCUAAAUCGUAUCUCAGAACAGGGAAAACGAGGCUAAAGCAAACAUUUCACUUGCUACAAAAUGUCCUUACUGUCUUAACCUUCAUACGCCUUACUUGACGGGUCCUGCUGAAUGUGCACUCUCGAAACAACUCAUUUCAUGUUUUUACUUGUUUUUAAUCUGUUUAUAAGAAUUUGUCUUGAUUGGUACAUAUUUCAGUGUCAAAUAGUCAUUGUAUACUGUUUUCAACAUAUUUUGUGCUGUUCUGUCAUGUCAAUCAGGUUGUUUUUCACUUAAUUUGACUUGAUAUUGUUUUUUAUAUAAUAAGUGAUAAUGCUAAAUGUUUUCUAUAAAUGCCCUUGAACAAAUGUAAUAAUGCUGGAAUAACUGCUACACUUGAAUUGUUGCUCUGCGCUGGAAUAAAAUACUACAGGAUAAAAGUGAA